AUGGCGCAAACGCAACCCCAACAGUUCUCCCAAUCCUUUUCACCUCCGGGUUCCUCUCCCUCUCCCGCUCCGUCGCCGGUCAAUGGAAGCGUUCCACCACCGAACAAGCGACAACGCCUUUCACCUCACCCUCAAUCCUCUCAGUCACCUUAUGCCUCACCCAGCUUUGGAACCUUACAACUACCGCAAAACCAACAACUUGGCGUGAACGGGACAAAUACAAAUGGGAUACCACAAUCACCGGCACCCCCACCUCCUGGCACCAUGGGUCCUCCCUCCCGACCUGUUGACAAACCAACAGACGCAGCUGAUCUAACGGAUGUGUUGGCCUCUUCUGGAAUUGAUGUAAGGGAAGAGGAGGCAUUUCUCACCAGCAGUUACUCUGCUCCUGGUUUGCAAGCGCAGCAACCACCCCGACCUCAACAGCCUCUCCCCCCACAGCAACAGCAGCAACAACCUCCUCCUCUCCCUUUAAAUACAUCAUUUACCUCACAAACGUCGACUACCGGAACACCAUCCAAUACUCCAAGUUUCAGUGAGGCCUCACAAUACAAACCUCCAGGGACACAAGAAUCCUUCUAUACAGAGCCAUCAACCCAGCCUCCCGCGCCUUUUAUCGACCCGAAUGAACCGAGUCGAGAAGAUACUGAGGCAGCCAGACGUGCGCAGUAUCACUUACAAGAGCCGUUCCUGUUGACCAAGAUUCUCGAACAGAGGCUCCAAAAACGGGGUUUCGAGCUUGGCGUGCGCAUACCGUCGGAAGGCUUGUUCCAUCCAGUACCAGGCCGUCCACAGCCAAUUGAAGUAACUGGACCGGAUGGCUCGUCCGUCGUGCGUACUGGUCAGACAAUUCUGAACCAGGAAGGCGCACCUCUCGUGGAUAUACUCAAUCUGAUGUCCAUAUCAUGUGAGGAGCGGCUACGGACUGUGGUCGAUUAUUCCUCAACACUCGCGAAAAGUAGACGAGCGCAUUCUCAUGGGGCUGUUCCGAUUGAAUACGAAGACCUAGCAUCGGCAAGUGAUAACGUUAAUGGAGGAAAGGAUGGCCCUCAAACGCCUUGUCUUAAAAGACCCCAUUCGGACACACAACCAGGAGCAAAAUCACUGUCGGAUAAAUGUCGUCUCUUGGUGGAUAAGGAUGCUUCUUACGAGGAGGCCAGGGCAGCGAAACGUGCAAAACGUAGCGCAAGUGCGAUCCUUGGGGAUGGCGGAACACCAAGGCCCGAUGCAGUUGAUUUGCCUGGUUCUGGUGCAUCGACCCCUAUUGGCGAUCGAGCUCCCAGCUUGGAUAAGAAAGGAAUGUCAAAGAAGGAAGCCAGAAAGGCAAUGGAUGCAAAAGCAAACGAAGCCCAGCAACAUCAGCAAUCCGUUGAAACGGCGCGCAUGGCUACUCAGACUAUGAUGUCGGGAGGUAUGUUUGGAAAAAAGAAAACAUAUUCCUGGCUCCAACGUGGCCCGUCUGCUGGGAGUGGCUUUUCUACGCCAACGCGUGCCAACCCUCCCACUCCAACCGCGAAUACAGAAAAGCCAACCCGCCCGGGAGAACCUGCGGCUGUUCCCACUAAACGAUUGGGAGCGUGGCGGGAGGAUAAGGAGAAGGGAUCUGGAAUACAGGUUCGAGAUAUCCUCUAUAUGCUGGAGCUCGAUGGAAGAGCGUCUAGGCACAUCCAGAAAGUAUACUCGAAAGACUUGAAGGAAGACAAAGCAGACUGA